AUGGCAAAGUCCGGCUCGGGAAGUUUCGAUUUGAAGGACCCACCACCCUGGCAAAGCUGCCAGUAUUGCCUUUCGCCCUCGUCGACGUCACGAACGGAACAGCCACACCAGCAGAGGCCACUAUCGCCGAAGCAGAAAUCCCGCCUGCAGCAGUUUGUGUUCAAAAGCUCCACGGAGUUCGCAAGCCAUCUACGGCAGAGCCAUUGCACGGUGGAGGGCGGAUCGUUCGUGUGUCGCUAUGGUUACAACGGCGUCUGCUCGUCGCUGCCGCUCGAUGGCGUGUCCGAUCGUGAUUACGAGACGCACGUCUCGCGGUGCCACGUGAACGCGCAGCAAAAGGAGCCACACGUCAAGUGGUCGGUGUUCUGUGCCGCCCAAAAUCUGCCGGCCGUGCUGAACGAUCCAAGCCGGGGCAAGCAGACGUAUUUUUUCACCAAAAAGUGGGGCGACACGUUCAGUGAGCAUGCCUCGAUCGGCGGAUCACCCCGUUUGCCCGACGUCCGGUGGGAACAGUUCGAGGCGUACCGGAAACGGAUCGGGGUGCGCUAUCGGUUGCACACCCGGCUCGCCAACGUCCCGACUGCCGAUGCCAACAGCCAGCGUGCCCUGGCCAGUGACGAUCGGCUUCCGAACGGAACGACGGCCAGUUUAGCGGACAUUCCGGAAGUGUUUCUCAAGCACCAACUAGAGCUGCACCGGCCAGCUACUUUUGCAGCCGUGUUUGCAGGGAUCGGACUCGGUGACGGUGGUGGCGGUGAGCAGACGCGUCAAUCGAGUCGCCUGCUCCAGGAACGGCUAAGUCACUACCUGGACAUCGUGGAAGUGCUGAUCGCGAAACAGGUAGCAGACAAAUCGUCUGCCUUCUUUCACGCCAUGACUUCCCAGGAUGCGAUCAUGGAGCAAAUGGCUGCCGGUCUUGGUAGCGUGCGUCGAUUGCGAAAGAAAAUCGAUCAGAUUGACGAAGCGAUGGUGCGCGAAUCGCUACAAGUGAUACGAGCCGAGCGUGUACGGGCCAACAAUAAUCGGGUGCUUGAGAAGCUGAAGCUGAUGGCGACCGUUCACCAGACGCAACCGAUGAUCCAGCUGCUGCUGAGCACACAGGACUACGUGGCGGCCCUGGAUCUGAUCAGCACGACGCAGGAAAUCCUCGGUCAGGAGCUUACCGGGGUACAUUGCUUCCGCCAUCUGCCGUCGCAGCUCUCCGAAAUGGAGCUGCUGAUCGACAAAAUGCUAAAGACGGACUUUGAGCGGUACUCCACGGCCGAUCUCAACCGGCCGCUCAACGGUGGACGUUCUGAGAAGAUGGUGGAAGAGGACAAACUCAUCUGCAUCAUUUCGGGACUGCUGCGCAAGCGGAGUCUCGAUUUCAUCGACACGUACCGCGACGAAGCCAUCACGACGGUGCGUGCGAUCGUGAAGCAGCUCGUGAUCGAGGUGAUCGCCACGGGCGAUGCCGAGAUUUGCCUGACCGGUGCCGGCGAGGAAGCACAAUCGCUGUCCCUCUCCGAGUGGAUCACACUGCUAGAAGGGGCCACUGGGGCGCUGCUGGUCCUGCUGCGCCGCCUUCGAGCGGUGCACGACGUUAUGCAACAGACGGCCGAUGCCAGCGCCGGAAAGAUCACGGACGAUGUCAGUUUCAUCGACACGGAAGCAUUCCUUUCGCCCGCCGACUACGGUGUGGUGCAGACGAAACUGGCCAACCUCCUGACGAGCGUUUGCAACUACUGUCACGAGCGGUGCGCGAACCUUGUUUCAAACCAAAGCCUCGAGAAAAGUGCGGCCGCUACUGCGGACCAGAUCGCACAUCUCACGACGAUCGUGGAGCGCUUCGGAGAGGGCUGUGAAGCUGUAUGUGGUGUUGCCAGCGUGCCACUGAAGCUGGCUCUGCGUGCACAGGCGAACCGGUUCGCACAAAAGUUUCACACCGAACGCAAAUCGAAACUGGCGCUGCUGCUGGACAGCGAGCGCUGGAAGCAGGCCGAAGUUCCGGCCGAGUUUCAGACGAUGAUCGAUUCCAUCGCCAAAGGGGACUUUCACUGGAGCAAGGGAGAAUCGGCAACGGUGAUAGCGACAACCACGAUGCUAAACGGUAGCAUGGCCACUUCGCGUCCACCGGCGUCGGUGCUGCUGGUAGAUGGCCAACCGUUCGCUCUGGUGGGCGCGGCCCUCCUUUUGGUGCAGAUUGUUGGUGAGUACUGCCGGUGUGCCUCCCAGCUGCCCGUCAUCGCCGCGCAACUUGCCCGCAGCGUCGUGGAUCUGUUGCGCACCUUCAACUCGCGCUGCUGCCAGCUAGUGCUCGGUGCGGGCGCUCUUCACGUCGCUGGCCUUAAAACGAUCACCAGCAGCAACCUGGCGCUAGUUUCGCGAGCCCUUCAACUAGUCCUGUGGCUGUUGCCACACGUUAAGCGGCACUUUCAGGCGCUGGACAUUGCCCUUCCACUACCUCCCGCUUCUAGCAACAAUAGCAACAGCAGUCACACGCCGGCCAGCAACGGCAACGCCACUUCCACAACCAUCACUUCCAUCCAAUCGGCGAUGGCCGGUGGGUACGAAAGCGUCGAGAAAGAUUUCAUCAGCCACAUCGGCGAAAUCGAAGCCAAAGUCUUGUCGAUCGUGUGUGAGCUCGUAACCGGUCAGCUCAACAAUUGGGACGCACGGCCUCCGGUCCCGUCGCAACCGUUCCGCAACAUUAGCCGGCAGUUCGUGAAGCUGCACGAGGCGAUCGCACCAAUCUUGCCCGAGUGCCAGGUGCACGCCAUCUACCGAACGGUGCAGCGCAACUUUAAGGACAAACUGCGAGAACAACUGUUGCGGAACAAUAUCACCAACAAUGGCGGUCCCCAGCACGGUGUGGUCGUUUCGGAGCUCACGUUUUACAUGGGAACGCUACGAACGCUGCGCGCCCUGCCUAUCGACGAACUGCACGACGACACGCUGGACGACAUUUGGUUGAAAUGAGGGGGCGGGUGGCCAACAGGGGCAGCUUGUGCCGUUUACCCUUAUCUGUUUGAUUUUUUAGCAUUCCACUUGGCGCAAGUGUAGCCGUUUCUGUUCCUGUUAUGUAAACCUUUUAUUGUGUAAGUCCGCUACGCCAGCGCUAUCCUUCAGCCAGUUACAGGUUGUGAAGUCUUGUGUUUACCUUUUCUAUUGUGUUGUUUGUAGCCAAACCCGUUUUAAAGACUAAGAGUUUUGAUUCCGGCAAUAUAGGUUAACGAUAAUUUCUCCAUAAUCGCUUGCCAAAGGCUUUCCUUUUAGCGUAGUGUGAGGCUGCGCUGCCGCGGUAUUAGUUAUUUUGCUCUAGGCUUUCGCUUACAGAAAAUGGUUGUUGCUUUCCGGGAGAAAGUGUAAAGA